UAUUUUGACCAUAAUGAAACAAAUUUGGACUCAAAUGAAUGGAUGUUUUCUGUAAAUGAACAACAAAAGGUGUAUUUAAGGAGUUUGUCCGUUAGGAGUUGUCACUUCGACGGCAUCUCCGCUUUUGGUCAGUUCAUUUUGGAAAUUUUGUUUUUGUAAAUUUCGUGCUAUGCCUGAUCCACCGCCGAAGACUGCAUCAUCCCGGCCUCAGUCGAUAGACGUUUCUAAUUCUGACACGAUCUCGCUGAUUUCUUCCCUCCUUGAUGCGAAGUUGCAGAAAACGUUUGAUGAUUUCAAGCGCUCUUUAGACGAACGCGAGGUUGAGACUCGGCGAGAAUUGAAGAAAUUGAAAACAGACUCUAAGGCAGCUAGUUCACUUCAGUUUAAAGGUAACAGAAUCCAGUUUGAGUUUAAUACACAGCUCCUUGACUGCCUUGAUCUGGCUAUCUCUAAUUUGUCCGAGGGAAACCUUCUGGCUGUUCAAGAACAUUUCAUAAAGGCCAAGUCUGACCUCGAGAAACGCAUUAAGUUGAUCCGCUUUGCUGACAAAAGUCCCGCUGGCUGGGCUGCAGUUGAGGAAUAUGAGUCCGACGAGCUUGCCGAAAAUUCUGAAGACGAGAAGAAACUUCGAGGGGCUGAGCGACGUGCGCUUACCAAUAUUAAACAGAAGUCUUCCAAACCUCGUGUUUCAAGGUUUUCAAGUCCUCCUAAAUCCCGAGAUUUUCAAGCUACACAAGGGUCUGGGUCUUCUACCUCUGCUACAUCUCUUCCAUUUUCUGCUCACUCUAAUUUUCGUCAGCCCUUUCGUGCCGCCCGACAAGUCAAGCCUUCCGACGUCUGCUUUAACUGCAUGCAAUCAGCGAGGACACUGGGCUAUUUCGCCAGCCUGCCAUCUUUUCUAUAAGAGAAUAGGUAGUUUCACCAACACUGGCGCCAGUUCAACGUGCACAAAGUCAACCACCGUCUGAUUUGGCAAAUGUUAUUGCAAGAUUAGGUCCAGAUAAGAACUCUAACUUCAGUCUACUUUGACUUGGAUCACAUUUCUCUUGAUUCUAGCUUUGCUGAAUAUUUUGAAGGCUCUAGUCAGGUUAUUGUUAAGGAUAGGCUUAAAGCUAAUAUUUCUUUUUGGCAAAGCGUUGGUGCCUCUAAGUUUAUUUUAGAUACUUUAAGUUUUGGUUAUAAGAUCCCCUUUUCACGGGAACCUACAAGUGUUUUUCUUACUAAUAAUCGCUCAGCUUUGGAUGAGAGUGAUUUUGUAAAAUCUGCUAUUCAAGAGUUACUUAGUGUUGGCUCUAUUGUUUCGUGUACUUGCCCGCCUGAAGUGGUCAAUCUAUUGUCUGUCUCUGUACCGUCAAGUGGUAAGAAGAGGCUCACAUUAGACCUCAAGCAUGUUAAUUUCUUUGUAAAUAGGUCCAAAAUUAAGUUUGAGGAUGCCCAGUCCAUGCUAAAUUUUUUCAUCGGCGAUUCUCCUUCUAAUUUGUGAGUUUAUUAUUUCGAUAUUAAGUCGGGGCAUCAUCAUGUUGAAAUUUACCCCUCACAUCAAAGAUUUCUCGGUUUUUCGUGGGUUUUCAAUGGUGUUCGAAAAUAUUUUAAGUUUGUCGUUCUGCCCUUUUGUCUUUCUACGGGCCCUUACAUUUUCUCCAAAGUUAUGCGUCCCCUCGUCAAGCAUUGGCGUGGUUAGGCCAUCCGCAUUGUAAUUUAUUUAGACGAUGAUUUAGGAGUAUGUGGUUCGAAGGCUACUUGUCUUCGACAAUCUUUGUUGGUGCAUUCUGAUUUGAUUAGCUCGGGGUUCGUUCCAAAUAGGAUAAAUGUAUGUGGAUCCCUAUUCAGUUGCUCUACAGGCUUGGUUUUCAUUAGGAUUUUGCUCGGGGUUUAUUGUCUAUUCCUGAAGAUAAGAUAUUAAUUUUGCUUGCGUCCAUUUGGGAGGUUUCUAGUUCUCGUAUAGUUACUGCAAGGAUGCUGGCUCAGGCUAUCGGGCGUAUCAUUUCUGUAUGUUUGUUUUUUGGCCAUAUUUGCAAGAUUAUGACGAAAGCACUGCAUCUGUCAUUGACAGCAGAGCAUAUUGAAGCGCCAGGGUUUUUCUUACUAUUGAAGCUAUUUCUAAGUUAAAUUAUUGAUGUUCCAAUGCUCGAGCACUUAGAUAAUUUAAUUCUAGACCUUUGGUCCAUCCAGUUAAUAUCCCUCACCACAUUGUAUAUUCCGACGCUAGUGAAGCUGCUUGCGCUUCUUGUAUUUAUGUCCAGGUCGCCGGAGGGGUUUCCUGUUGCCCACAAGAAUUUUUAUGAUCUUGAAAUGAAGCAAAGCCCCACUUGGAGGGAAUUGAUCAUGAAGUCUGCUGGUUUUGCAUUAAAAAGUUUUGCUCUCAUUUUGCAUAAUUCCUCUAUUAAGCUUAAUACUGAUAAUAAAGCCGUAGCGUUCAUUACAGAUUCUGGGAGCAAUAAGCCGCAUUUGAAUGCUAUUGCUAGGGAUAUCUUCUGUUUUACUUCUGCUCAUGGUACUAGGUUGUCAGUGGAAUGGAUUCCCCGUAGGCGUAAUCAGAAAGCUGAUUAUUACAGUAAGAUCGUUGAUUUUGACGACUGGUGUGUUUCCAACGAUUAUUUUCGUAAAAUUGAUUCUUAAUGGGGUCCUUUCACCGUAGAUUGUUUUGCAAGUUAUGCAAAUACCAAGUUGACUAGGUUCUAUUCGCGCUUUUACAGUCCGAACACUUUGGGUGUAGAUGCUCUUAGUCAUAGGUGGGAAGGUGAAAACUGUUGGCUGCUCCCUCCCGUUAGCCUUGUCACCCGAGUUAUUGAGCAUUUCAAAUUAUGCAAGUGCGUAGGCGCGCUUGUGGUCCCUUAUUGGUUAUCUGCCA